UUUGAUUUUCUUCAGUUUAACUAUAUGACAUAAUCCAGAUAAGCAGUAUGCACUGGGAGAAAUCGUCACCAUCAGCACUAGCCAGGUCCAGACCGUACCAAGGGGUUCGAGUCAGAGACCCGGUCAAGGAGCUGCUGAGGAGGAAGAGAAGUCUGGAGCCACACAGCAUCAAGACAGCGCCCCCUUCUGCGGAUGUGGUCACGCAUAACAACCAGUCAUUAUACACACAAGGCAUGUUUGGCUCUGAUGUUGCCGGCGGCUCCCCAGCCGAGCCGUUGACUGAAGUCAGUGAUGGAGGGCUGCAGUGUGCAGGAUGGAGAUCUGUUCCAGCUGCCACCAGCGCUGGACAGCAGCCUGCUGUAACAACCUGGUCCUCAUCUGACUACCAGCAGGACCUUUCAGCUCAGACUCUGGCUUACCCAGCCACCCCCACCCUCACUGCUGAUGUAUUCAUGCAGACUCUUUGUCCCAGCUACACCAUGCUGACCUACACACACACACCAUUGCUCACUAACUUUGGGAACAUACCUGUGGCUCCAGCACCGGGCUCCCUCCCUCAGAUGGAGCUCCCAGACUCAGGGUUGACCUACCUCCCUUGGGCCCAGCCCAUCACCACCAUAUCUACCAUGCCGAACCCGGGAGUCCAGUUUGCACCCGGCUCUGCAGCCCUGCCCGGGUCACCUGUGGUCCACAUGCCCUUGUCCAUGUCUUUGACCACCAUGAUUCCUCAGCUGGAGGCUCAGGGUGGAGGUCAUUCUCAUCCGCAGAUACUGGACCUCCCGCAGCAUUCAGAACAUCAACUGGACCCUGAGCCACAAGACCAGUCUCGAAGAUCGAGUCUAGAGGCAGAGUCGCCGAACCUCCUGGAUAAACUUCUGGAGGAUCAAAAGGGUGAUAGCGAAGACGAGGACAAAGACUCGUACAGCAGCCAGCUCUUCAUUCCAAAUGUCUGAAAAUAUGAGUUUUCUUCUGUUCAUAGAGAGUAGCAUUUCUUCUGUUUGUUUCUCAGGGGCACCAUUAAAGGAUAAUUUAGCCAAAUUACAACUUCAUUUUUUACUGUGGCUAUAAUCUGUAUUGAUUAUGAUAGCUGUAUUCACUAAAGUAAUUGCUGAGCUCGACGCUGAAUGAAUAACCAUGGGAAAGUGGGCUACUCCCCCCAAAUCCCAGCCACUUGCACCAAGAUUUUCUAUGUUCUGUGUAAUGCUUUUCUUGAGCUCUAAUUGACUUUUGUUCAUGCAGCUGUUUCCUUUUUGCAGCAAAGUCUGGCAUGGAAAAACUGGAUAAAAAAGACACUGCUAUCUCUGUCAAUAGAAAUUAUGUCCGAGACAGUCACAGUCUUCUAAGAAACAGUAAGCCUUCAGUGCUGUCCAUCUCUUGAGGUGUCUGUCAAAGUGAGAAAAUCUGCAAUUAAUGCUGUUAACAAGUUAACAAGAGUCUGGAGCCACUUUAAACUAACUUCAUUGAAACUCAAACUGCAUCAGGCCAGAUCUUUAUAUCAACUGAUAAAUAAGACUCUAGAUUCAUGCUACUGCGGAUACAAGAAAGAAAAGUUACUUAAGACAAAUAAAUAAUGAUAAAACAAAGCUAACAUCGCCAAUACGCUAACCUGCCUGAUGCAACUUUAAACUUCAGGAACUGUUUCUGGCCAAAUUAACAUUUUUUCAGAUUGUUGUUGAAACUGAAUUAUGCCAGAUGGUUUCAAAUGUUUACAUUUUAAAUAUAUUUAGAGUGUAUUGUACCAUCUUACACUGUACUGUAGGAUGGAGAUUUUGUCCCAAUACUUGUGCUUGGACUUAGCAGGGAAGGCCUCUGAGUCUCAGGGGUUUUCCCGAGGGGAAACUGUCAUAGUGAAAGGUGCUGCCACUCUUUUGUUGAAUAUUAUUCCUAAAAAACACCAGAGAUCGUAUCACAGGUGAUUAAACGUGCUGGGAACAUAUUAAGAGAAGUUAGCUUUGUUUUCUUUAUGCAGAAUUCAGAGUGUAGUUGACACUCCAAAUGGGCACCAAGAAAUAAUGAACCAAAAUGACAGUAUAUCAUUGUCAUGUGUAAGAGGGUUGUAUAAUUCCAACAGUUAAGGUUUCUCAUUAUUAUUAUUAUUAUUUUUUUUAGCGUGAAUAACUGUAACUCAAGAUCCUAAAUAAACUAGACAUGAAGGCUUUCAGA